AUGGGGUCAGAGCUUAACAACGCCUUUAAGUUCUUGAUAACGCCCAAGAAUCCAGAAGAAAUUCCAUACGAAGAACUUCGCCAAAUUCUACAGCGGCACUUCGACCAAGCGAAAAACAAGUUCGUGGAAAGUAUCAAGUUCCGGAACAUUCGACAACAGAAAGGAGAGACAAUUCCCAGUUUGUAUUGCGACUUAAACAAGGUUCAGUCGCAGCAGAACUCCGAUAUCGACGUGGUACAAUCGCUACAUUGUAUCAACAAUAUGCCGUCCGUGAAAAAGAAAAUGCUUAACGUGAAGAUCAACGGUUUUCCCCUGACGAUGGAAUUGGACACCGGAGCACCAUGCGGCAUAAUCAGCGAAACCACAUUACGUAAAAUACUGCCGAAAUAUUCGCUGCAACCGUCAGACCGCCAAUUUUCAAAGGGGAAGUAUGACUCGCUUUUCGGACGCGAUUGGAUAGCACAGUUUACAAAUGAGAUCAAUUUUCGUGAACUGUUUACUUCAACUGUACCAGUAAACGUACUCUCAAGCAUCGAACCAACUCGGGAACAAGCAGCUCAACUGUCGAAACUGCUCGAAGACUUUAACAAUAUCUUUAGCGACGUUCCAGGUAUGCUUGUAGGGCCACCAGCGAAGGUACACUUAAAACCCGAUACCACUCCGGUUUUCGCUCGAGCACGAGAUGUACCACUCGCUCUUCGAGAACGCUACGCAUCAGAGAUCGACAAGAAACUUGCUUCCGGAUUCUACGAAAAAGUUGAAGUUUCAGAAUGGGCUUCACCGACCCAUAUCGUCAUUAAAAAGAACGGAGGUAUUCGGAUAACCGGGAACUACAAACCGACUGUAAAUCCCAAAAUGCUUAUCGACGAACACCCAAUACCAAAAAUCGAAGACAUCUUCAACAAAAUGAAAGGAGCUGCCCUGUUUUGCCACCUCGACGUAACGGAUGCUUACACGCACCUUCCAAUCAACGAAGACUUCCGGCAUAUUUUGACGCUAAACACAUCGACACAUGGACUGAUCCGUCCCAAGAGAGCGGUGUAUGGUGCUGCAAACAUACCAGCUAUUUGGCAGCGACGUAUGGAGACGAUCCUUCAAGGUUUGACCAAUGUUGUCAGUUUUUUUGAUGACGUCAUUGUAUUUGCGAAAGACUUCGAAGAGAUGCUAGCAGCGCUGAACGAGACAUUGGAGCAAAUGCGACGAAACGGUCUUCGACUAAAUCGUUCCAAAUGCAUCUUUGCGACAUCAUCCCUCGAAUGCUUGGGUCAUCGCAUCGAUCGUCACGGCCUGCACAAAUCAGACAAACACAUAAAAGCCAUACGCGACGCUCCAACACCAACUACACCAGAGGAACUACAAUUAUAUCUUGGGCACGUCCUCUUCGAGAUGUACUGCUUACCGAUCCUUUUGAGUGGACACAAGCAGCAGAGAAGGCCUACCAAGACAUAA